AAAAGUUUUAAAUUAAGCUGCAAUUGUGAUAGAAUUGGAUGUCUUGCACCACAGCCCACUUCAAAGCACCUUUUUAUCGGCAACCAUCCUCCGAUCCAGUAGCCAGCCAGCGAACCUCCAUCGUGGCAAUGUCCAACAGCAACCAAGAACAAGACCAUCUUGAAUCCAUUUUCAAGCAAAAACGGAUCCUCCGCUCCAAAAUCCGCCAAGCCCUCAAGUCCAUGGACCCAUCCCUCCGAUCCCAAGAAGAUAAUGUAAUUCAGACUUUAGUUUUGGAAGCUCCAUGGUUUAAAUCAAGUAAGAGAUUAUGUGCCUAUAUAAGCUGCAGUGCUUUACGAGAAGUCGAUACCUUAAAAUUGUUGUCUCAAGUUCUGCAGAAUCCAUCGGCAGGUUUCUUCUGUAAUGGUAGUAUGCUGCAGACUGCAACAAAGGUUUAUGUUCCGCGUGUAGAGGACAAGAACUGUAACAUGAGGAUGUUCUAUAUCUCACGCAUUGAUGAUUUAGUUGCGAAUUCGAUGAGCAUUUUGGAACCGGCUCCAGUUGAUGCCGAUGGAAAUGAACGUGAAGAUGUUAUGCAUGCAAAUGAUGCAGUUGAUUUGGUCAUUAUGCCAGGACUUGCAUUUGACAGAUCUGGAAGACGGUUGGGCCGUGGUGGAGGGUAUUAUGAUGCUUUCGUGAAGAACUACAAAGAGCUUGCUAAGGAAAGGAAUUGGAAGCAACCACUAUUUGUUGCACUUUCUUAUUCUGUGCAGAUAAUUGAUGAAGUUAUACCAGUUACUUCAAAUGAUGCAUUGGUUGAUGCUCUAGUUUCACCAUGUGGUGUGGUUCCCAUUAGCCCAUCUGCCUUAGAGAGUUUGGAUAGCCUGCAAAUCUUGAGAGGGUUGUCUUUUCCACAAUAUAUGAAUGGCAUAAGACUUGUGUUAUCGAAGCAAUGGGAUACAAUUGUGGUGUGCCAUUUUUCAGAGGCCACAGGUGCUUGCCCUCUGGUCAAUAGUCAUGACCUUUGCCUGCAGGAAGUAGAGCUAUAAUUGGUAUGGAUUCUGAAUAAAUUUUUAUUGUAUUAGACUGGGUUUGAUCCUUGAUAUACGCAAACAUGUUGCAAAUUCUCACUGAAAUAAAUUUUUCAGUCCAGUUUGUUGCGUGUUUCAUUUAUUUUGUUUUAAUAGUAUAAAAUACUGGAAUUUCUAAUAA